AUGUCUGGUCAAAUUGAUUCUAAUUUUGAGGAUGAUGUUGAUUUUGUGCCAUCAACUACAAAUGAAGUACAAUCUGUUAGCAAUACAGUAGAUGAAACUCAGAAUCAGAGAAAAAGAACUUCUCGUGCAUGGGAUCAUUUCACACGGGAAAAAAUUGAUGGAAAAAUUAAAGCAGUUUGCAAGUAUUGCGAGCGUAAGCUGGUGGGAGAAACUUCUAGUGGGACUAGGCAUUUAAAUUCUCACGUGAAAACGUGUCCUGUAAGAAAGGCCCAACUUGCCGCCAAUCCUAGUGCAACAGCAAGCCCUUCGGUUUCUUUUAAUUUUGAUCCUGAUUUAGCAAGGACCAAAUUGGCUCAAAUGAUCGUUAAGCACGAAUAUCCCUUGUCUAUGGGAAAAUUACACGAUGGAAGGGAAAUCGCAGUAAAAAGACUCUCAAGUAGCUCAGGACAAGGGAUUGAAGAGUUUAAGAACGAAACUAUUUUAUUUUCAAAACUCCAACACAGGAACCUUGUACGGCUCAUGGGUUGCUGCAUUGAGAAUGAGGAGAAAUUGCUAGUCUAUGAGUACAUGCCGAACAAGAGCUUGGAUACUUUUAUAUUUGAUGCAAGAAAAAAAGAACAACUGAAGUGGGGUACACGCUUUAACAUCAUACAUUGUGUUGCUCGAGGUCUUAUUUAUCUUCAUCGGGACUCUUUUCUAAGGAUAAUACACCGUGAUCUGAAAGUCAGCAAUAUUCUGUUGGAUGAGGAUAUGAACCCAAAAAUAUCAGAUUUUGGACUCGCACGAAUUUUUCAUAAAUCAUUAGAUCAAGCUAAUACUCACAGGGUUGUGGGAACAUUAGGAUAUAUGUCUCCAGAAUAUGCUAUGAGUGGAAUAUUUUCUGAGAAAUCUGAUGUCUUUAGCUUUGGUAUCUUGAUAUUGGAGAUAAUUAGCGGUAGGAAGAACACAAGCUUCUAUUAUGAUGAGCACCAUCGAAGCCUUAUCACUUAUGCAUGGCAAUUAUGGAGUGAAUGCAGAGCAAUGGAAUUGGUAGAUGAAGCAAUAUUGGGAGACUUACGUAGAUCAUCAGAAGUAAAGAGAUGCAUACAUGUUGGGCUUUUGUGCGUACAGGACCAUGCCGAAGAUAGACCCGCCAUGGCAGAUGUAGUUUUAAUGCUUAGUAAUGAAACUCAAUGUCCUCACCCUAAACAACCUGUCUUUACUGUUCAAAGCUCACCAAGAACACAAAUGCCCAGUUCCUCUUCUGUGAAUGAGGCCACCAUCUCCGUAGUUGAAGGUCGAUAAAGUCAAUUAUGCCACAUAGAUAACCUUUAAUCCAAAAGAUCGUCCCAAAAGUUGAGCGACCUUGACUAUAAAUAUACAUGUAAAAGUUUCAUCCGCCGUUACAACUGAAUUUUUUUGGGGGAAAAAAUAGAAUAUUGCUAAGUUUAAAGUAGAAUACCAAUUAAGAUAUAGUGUUAAGUUGGGUACCAAAACUCCUCUAAUUCUAUAAUUUUUCAAUAAUAUU